UACACCUUCAACAGUUCUCGGCAGCCGGCACCUGGACUUUUCCUGGCUGUAGCCUUUCUCGCAUCCAGGCCCAUCGCUGCGUUUAACUGCAAGCUCUCUCUCACUUUGGGUCUGAGCCGCGUCCCAAGCGGGAUUGGUCAUGCUGAGGCGCAACGAUGGCUGACCGCAACAAGAAGACGAUCUACGUUGGCGGGCUUCCAGCAGCGGCGGACGAGAAUCUCCUGCUGUCCACAUUCUCCGUCUUUGGCGAUGUGCUUGAGGUGCAGAUCCCUAAGGAAGGAGGCGCACACGCAGGUAGCAAUGCAAGAAACCGAGGGUUCGGGUUCGUAGUCUUCAGCACAACUGAGGAAGCGGAGGAUGCGAUCGACAACAUGCACCUCAACGAGCUCGGAGGAAAAAUCAUUCAUGUCAAUCUCGCCAAGCCGCUGAAAGCGCUGAUCGGUACAAACAAGCCGGUCUGGCAAGACGAGGAGUGGAUCAAGCAGUAUGCCAAGCCGCUUGCGGGCGACGGGCCGGCAAUCGACACGGCGGCUGAUACCGCAGCCGCUGGCGAGGAGCAAGCUUGAAAAGCUUACUCUCUCCACCGGUUGCCUUUACGAGACUAGCCGCUCAGAGAGCAUGCAAUCACUUGAAGUGACGGGGCAGCGCCUGCACUGCACGCCAGUCCGAAGUUUGCUCUAGGCGCACACACCUGCCCGAAGCACGAGUGCUCGCAGAGGCAUGCAUUGUGCUCCACUCGGGCCCAUCGUCUCCAGCUUGCCAGUUUGUGCGCUUGCCCAGCACAAGCGCCAGCCCUGAGCGUGCUGGGCAAACUCGACAAGCAUAAAUCGCACUAUUUUGCGGCCGAAUACAUCAUGUCUGGCGGCGCAUUCAUUCGCGACGCAAGCCACGCGCGAGCACGCGCCUGCCAUCUCGACCGUCAUUCCAGAAACGCACCCACUCCGGCGGGGACUGGAGACUAUACCUACCACGCGUAUGUAACAAUAUCUUAGAAUGCACACGGACGCUCAUCAUCCGACUGGCACGAAGAUGAGAGCAGGAAAAC